CUAUUUUUAUUUAAGAGAGUGCGUAAGAAAGCACUCAAAAUCUUGCCAACCCAAAACAACCCAACCCAAAAAAAGUGGCAAACCAACCUACCCAACCACAGUCCGUUUGGGGCAUCAAUUUGGAACCCUCCAAUCCCAAACCGAAUCGCGCAUUCAAACCGCAGAGAGAGAGAGAGAGAGAUAUUACAACAACAUACAAUUACUACAAAUUAACAAGAAAACACUGAACUGGGGAAUCGCAUUUCAAGGCGCGGCCACCAGAACCAGCGGAGAAGAUCAGCCAUGGCCACCGCCGCCGCUGCUGCCUCCUCCUCCUCCUCCGAAUUCUCGCCGGAUUUUCCACCGAGACUUUCUCUUACAUCCGAUCAGUUCAAGCAUUGCUCCGAAGCUCUCAGCUUCUUCCGCGAAAAGCUCCACAUCCCUCACACCAUCAACCAGGAAUUCGCUCACUUGCAGGCCAACAGAAUAACACCAUCUGAGAUGAGGAGAAGCUGUACCGUGGCUCUUGACAGUGUCAAUUUGAGCAAAAAUCGCUAUUCAGAUGUCAUACCAUUUGACAAGAAUAGGGUUGUUCUUAACUCAUGUAAGGAUUACAGACCGGCAGCAAGGGGCUACAUCAAUGCGAGCCUCAUCACGAGCUCUUCCUCCGAAAACAUUUCUCAGUUUAUUGCCACACAAGGUCCAUUGCCACAAACUUAUGAGGAUUUCUGGGAGAUGGUAAUGCAGUACCGUUGCCCUGUGGUUGUGAUGUUGACUAGGUUAGUCGACAAUUACAAGAUGGUAAAAUGUGGAGAUUAUUUCCAAGCUGAAGAUGGUCCCAGGGAAUUUGGUAAUAUACAUAUAGUCACUAAAUGGAUAAAAACUACUGACACUUCAAUAGUGUUGCGCCAUUUGGAGGUGAAAUAUAAAGAGUCAGAGGAGGAACCCAUGUCUGUUCUACAUAUUCAGUAUCCUGAAUGGCCUGAUCAUGGGGUUCCAAAGGAUACAACUGCUGUGCGUGAAAUUUUGAAAAGAAUAUACCAUGUACCACCCAAUCUUGGCCCAGUUGUGGUGCACUGCAGUGCAGGUAUUGGGAGAACAGGAACAUAUUGUGCAAUUCAUAACACAAUUCAGAGAAUCCUAGCUGGAGACAUGUCUGCUUUAAAUCUUGUUAAUACCAUAACCAUGUUCAGGUCUCAGAGAAUUGGAAUGGUCCAAACACCGACUUUUCUGCUGGCCCUCAAAACUGAUUUCUCACUUGAUGGCUCAACCUCAAGAAUUUGUGGUUUUUCCCAAAUAUUGAACUAUAGAGUUGUGCAAGGUUGAAGUGCCAACAGAAAUUUCAGCCUAAUUUUUUUCCUGAUGAACAUGUGGCAAGUUCUCUUUAGCACAAAAAGAAAAAGGUUUCUUUGUUUAACCAACCCCUAACUGUGGAAUUUAAAGCAAGUAAAAGCAGUUCUCACCAUUCAAGUGCCCAGACCAGACCAAGGAAUGCAAAAGACCAGAUCAGUCCAACAAUGGUUCAGUCGGUUUUAAUUCUCUGGUUAACAAAGUCACACACUGUACAGGAGCAGAAGUGUUUUGAGUUUCAUUCUUGCUCCCCACUCCCUCCCAUCUAAAUGCUCUUUUAUUUUUUCCAAUUUUCUGUCUACCAUCCUCUUUAUCACAUAAGGAAGAAAAGGCUUUAAGUUCUGUGCGGAUUAAGAGUUUUGAAUAUCAUCUUGUUCUCAUUCCAAACCCUUCCCCCCCCCCCCCCCCCCCCCUUCUCUCUCCUCAAAUCCUUUAUCCUUUCUCCUUUAAGACAUUCUGACUCUGCGCUACUCCUAAUUCGCUCUAUUAACUCUCUGUUUAUUAGGAUCAAUAUCUUUUCUGCUAUAAAGCAAUCAUUGAUGAACUAGAAGACCUAAUCUCAGAUUUCAACACAGAAAGGAACUCAAAAUG